AUAUGGACCCAACUGUCGUCUAUGCUAUCAUAACCACUAAAACUACUUCUUAACCCAUCUUCCAGGUAACUAUACUCUCACACAGUUGCAGUGAACCCCACCUGAUCAGAAAAGGAAAAGAAACGCGCACACACGCACCCAACCAAAAUGAAUUCCAACCGUUGCCGUAGAAGACCACCCGAACUUUCACCGACUCACUUAAGAUUUUUAUCAAACUAUUUGUCGGCGGGGCCUUUAAAGCCACCUUAAAAUCCCAUUUUCACCUCAAAAACCUCACUGUCUCCAACCCAAGACUAUUUUAAAUUUCUUUCUUAAAAAACCAGCAUCUUUGAUUUCUUAUUACCUUUAACAAAUGAACCCAGAAGAUGAGAAAUCAUUUAAACCUACAGAUUCCGGUACAACUUCUUCUUCUUCCAAUUCAGAACCCGACAAGCCAUUAAUGGGCAGUUCUCAAUUUUACCCUUCUGUGUCUCCAUUUUCUUCUCCUUUAAUGGAGGUAUUUGAAUUCAGAGCAAACACCAUAUCUCCUACUGAUGAUGAUGACAUGGCAGCGGAAGUGCCUCAGCCACUUGCAAACUUACAUGAGAAUCCAAUACCGCCGUUUUUGUCGAAAACUUAUGAUUUGGUGAAUGAUCGGAUACUUGACCCGAUAAUCUCAUGGGGCUCCACAGGAGAGAGCUUUGUGGUUUGGGACCCAGUGGAGUUCUCUAGAGUUGUUCUUCCCAGGAAUUUCAAGCAUAACAAUUUCUCAAGUUUUGUCAGGCAACUCAAUACUUAUGGAUUUCGCAAGAUUGAUAGUGAUAAGUGGGAAUUUGCCAAUGAAGCUUUCAGGCGAGGCAAGAGGCAUCUGUUAAAAAAUAUUCAGAGGCGCAAACCGUUGCAAUCUCAGCAGGUUGGGAGCUAUACUGGGCCUCCUAUUGAAACAGGGUUAUCAGAACUGGAAAGUGAAAUAGAAAUAUUGAGGAAACAGAGGAGUAUGAUGAUGCAGGAGGUUGUAGAACUGCAGCAGCAGCAGCGUGGAUCUGUUCAUCAUAUGAAAACAGUGAAUCGGAGGCUUCAGGCAGCAGAGCAGAGGCAAAAGCAGAUGGUUUCAUUUUUGGCAAAGUUGUUUCAGAAUCCAGCAUUCUUGGCCCGUCUUAGGCAAAACAAGGAACAAGGGAAUAUUGGUUCAUCGAGGAUGAAGUAUGUCAAGCACCAGCAACUUGAACCAGGUCAAUCAGAAUCACGUUUGGAAGGGCAGGUUGUGAAGUACAGACCUGAAUGGAAAGAUGUCCCAUUAUCUUCCCUGGUCCCAGAUAUAAAUCCUGCUUCCUUUAAACAAUCUCCUGAUUACAACUUACAAGACAUGCUAGAAACUGGUGAGGAAGCAGUAGGCAUGGCAUUUCCAAUUGAGAAUGUUCCAUUAGAUGAGGUUGCCAUACUGGAUGAGCUAGUAGUGGCACAAGGCUGUAUCCAAAACCCUGCUCAAUAUGGAGAAGGGGCAUCAAACAUGAGAACUGAAGAUCCCCAGUUUAAAGGAAAGAAUAUUAUGAAUCCACAACAGGAAGUUGGUCCCGAAUAUUUCAUUGCUUUUCCUGAGGAUUUGGUGGCAGAGAAGGAUUUUCCAGAAUUCUCAUCGCCUGCAAUUGAUAGUAUUGUUAAGCAAGAGGAUGUGUGGAACAUGGAAUUUGACCCCCAAGCUUACAUGCCUAGUUCUAGCCAAGAAUUAUGGGGUAAUCUUGUCCCCUAUGAUGUGCCAGAAUUAGGAUCAAGUGCUGGUUUCUCAGAUAUCUGGGGUUUAGGUUCUCUACAAGCAGCAGGAAGUUCAGGCAUUCAUAAGCGGCCGGCUGAUGAAAACCCUACUGCCAAGCUUGAGGGUCAUGCUGACCAGCUGAAGGAUGAUAGCUUAAAGAAUAUAGAUCAAUAGGACUUAAUUUGCAUCUUGUAGUUAUAUAGGUUCUAUCUGUCCAUCAUCAUUAUUUAUAUACAAUAUUUGAUUGAAUAAAUGUUCUCAUUCUUUCUGCUUUUUCA